AUGGAUAAUCAACCGUCCAGUUCGACCAAUGCCGUUCAGAUGAGCUUAAUCUCAACAAACCGAGAGGUCGCGGGAUGGCUACCCGAUCAUAACGAUGGCAUAUGUCAAUCACAAACCGAUUGGCUCAAGUUUUUGAUGAAACGAACUAAGCUAGAGGCUCCUUACCCUCCCAGCCCUACAUCCACUCAACUGUCCAACCUUCCAGUCAUCUUGCCAAGUUUGAUUCAGGCCGAUAGAAGUGUCUUUUCUACGCCUCAGUCGACCUCCGAGCAGCCACCUAGCGACACAGACAAGCCACUUCGACGUCAAAAAGAUUGUUGGUAUCUGUAUCGAACCCUGUUUUAUCACGAUUUAAAUCACUUUGGAAUCCAAAUCGACCCCCUCACAUUUGAUUGGUUGCAACCCGAAUCAUCUCGCUGGAACUCAACGAUGCUUACAUUUGUGGUGAAACAUUGGACUUGGGCCAAAGACCACAGCGCUUUUUCAAACUAUUCAAUUGAUCCGCAACAGAUCGAUGAACUCAAAUGUUUUGGUAUCUUAGAGCGCUGGCUGCGUGGAAAAAAGUCUGCAUUAAAGAAAGAGGCAAGAAAUAACGACUACAAAUCAGUCAAGAUUCGCAACGCGCGACACAAAACUGUACGCUCAACUUCAAUCUUAACUCACUAG